AUGGUACUUGAGACCUUCCUUGAGCACAAAACUCAUCACCACCAUCACAAUCACAAUCAUCAUCGUCACCAUCACAAGAACUCGAUGGCUGAGAAACCGAAUCAAGUCAUGGAGUACAAAGACUUGAGUGACGUGAUGAAGGCGUCAUCACAUCAUAUUAGGAAGGUGAAGAGCGAGAGGAUAGCAAAAGCUGAGGAUGUUGACAAAGAAGCAGAGAAUUUCAUCAAUCUAAAGCACAUGAUAUUCAGCAAGUGGAUAUGA